AUGACUGACGUUAAAAGACAUUACCAUGAUUUAAUUGGAACGCCUGAACCUGAUGAUAACAAGAAGUUACAUACCAAACCAGGUAGAAAACCCAUUGAAACCGAACCUAAAUCUAAAAGAACUGCUCAGAAUAGAGCUGCUCAAAGAGCUUACAGAGAACGUAAAGAGAAGAAAAUGAAAGAUUUAGAAGAUAAGGUUAAAGAUUUAGAAGAUGAAAAUGUUCGUAUCAACACCGAAUCAGAUUUCUUAAAAGCUCAAGUUGAUAUGUUAAAGAAUGAAUUAACUAAAUAUAGGGGAGGUAAUUUUGAUUUCAGUAGUAUUAAAUUACCUUCAAAAGUUGGAGCUUUAAGUAAAAAUUCAUCAAGUAAUUUACUUCAUUCAAGUAGUUCAUCGAAUUUAACUAGUGAAAGUGAUUCCAGUAGUUCAGUUAAUAAUUCAAGUCCUGAAACUGAUAUAAGUUCAAAUAAUUUAAGAACUGAAUUCCCUUGGAGUUAUAAGAAUUUAGCUAGUGAUGUUAAUGUUAAAGAUAAAUUACCUGAAUUAACUAGUGGAUCAUCAUCUUCAGAAAGUCCAUUAAAUGAUAAUAUAUUAAUGGAUAGUUCAAGUAAAUUUGAUGAACAAGUUGAUCCUUUCUGUAAUGAAUUAAAUUCUGCUUGUGGAAGAAAAGAUAAUUUAAUGGCUCAAUAUCAAAAGAAAUCCGAUAAUGAUGAUUCAAUUUUUGGUAAAUAUUUUAAUGACAAACCUAGUACUGAUGGAUUAAUGAAUGAAAAUUUCUUUGGUGAUCAAAAUUUUAAUUUUAACUUAAGUCCUAAUGAUAAUGAUCCUUUAUCAUUUUUAAAUGAUAAUAAUUUCGAUGUUAAUUUAGCAUUUGAUGAAAACAAAUCAGAAAAUAUUAGCCCUAUUGAUAAUCUUAUCAAUGAAGAAUCAGCUUAUGAUCCAUUAAAAGAUCAAAUUAAUACCAAUUUCAAUUUUAAUGAUUUUAUUAAAUCUUCAUUACCUUCAGAACCUUCAACUAAUAGUUUUGAUUCUAAAUCUACUCCAAGUGUUAUAAAUGAUGAAAAAGAUGAUAAUGAAGUAGUACCGGCACCUGAAAAGACAUAUAAAUGUUCAGAAAUUUGGGAUAGAAUCACUAGUCAUCCAAGAUAUACAGAAAUUGAUAUCGAUGGAUUAUGUGCAGAAUUGAAAACUAAAGCAAAAUGUAGUGAAAAGGGAGUAGUGAUUAAUGCUACUGAUGUUAAUGCUUUAUUAGAAGCUUCUGCACAAAGAAGAUAG